AUGACCAAAGAUAAGUCUAAUGUCACCUGCUACAACUGCGGAAAGAAAGGGCACUACAAGCAAGAAUGCCGAAGCCCGAAGAAAGAAUGGAAACCAACCCCAGGAAAGGAAAUUACGGCCAUCGACGAAACUACCAAGGACGUCAUCGAAGUAGCGGCCACGAGCUACGAAGACAAGGGCAGUGACACGGACAGUCUCGGACACGACGGCAACGGUGAAGACGAACAAGUACCGAACUCCGAACUGGUCACUGUGGAUCUAGAGACAGGUCUUGCCGAAUGGGACAUGGCAGGAGAAUAUGUACCGCCAGCUUCGAUUCUCCCGGCCUUAGGAUAA